AUGGCGUUUCAGAACAAUCCCGAACUUCUCAAUGUAGGUUUCGUAUAGUAAUAGAGUGUAUUGUAGCAUUAGGAGUAACAAUUCAUGAGUAAAAUAGGUAAACUAUUUAAUCGUAUUUUACAUAUUUAUAUUACUAUAGCUUGUAAAUCUCAAUAUUUUUUAAAAGUUUAACCCUUAUAUCUCAAAAACACGUCGACUUUCAGGCCAUCAGAGGGGGAUUUAAGCUGAGGAAGACGGUCACGAGAGACGGGUCCAAGCCGAUCGUGUUGGCAGAGGGGGAGGAUGCAAACACCCCCCUCGUGGAGUUUAAACAGCCCGAGAACCCACCUCCCCAGGUCUACAUCCCUCAACGGAAGACAGAACGACCGGCCUUGUCCUCUACAGUACGAUGUCUACAAGGCCCCAUCACAAAAGGGCAUGGCAAAAAGAAACAUCCCCCAGGUGCUCCAGGAGCACCACCACCCCCGCCCGGAAGUGGACCACCUAGACCACCCCCAAAUGCGGCUGCCUUAAAGAACCCUGCCUUGUUGAAGUUGGGCUCAGGAGGUCAAGUAGUAGACCGGUCGCAGCUCUUGGCCAACAUCAGAGGUGGCAUUAAGCUGAGGAAGGUGGAGACCAAAGACAAGUCUGGACUGAUCCUGGACGACGAACAGAAAGCGGCCAUCGACAAGAAGGAACGAAUCAACUUUGGGUCUGGAGAAGGGGAAAGCGACUUGGAAGCGUCAAGGUAAAUAUUAGCAUAUUCAACUGAUUGUAGUGGUUUAGCUUUUUAUAUAAAAAGUAAUUGAUUAAGCGAUUUCAUUCUUUAGAAUCGACCCAUCUGUGCCAAAAUCAGUACCACCAAGUGUACCAAAACCUGCACCAACAAGUGUCCCUAAUUCAGCUCCCCCACCACCUCCACCAUCUACUUCUCCACCUCCAGCUCCCGACUACGAAUCUGAUGUCGAGAUGGAAGCUGAGGUUGUCAUACCCGAGCCAAAGAAGGUCACUCCAACCUACACUAAACCCGCUUCAACAUCAAAACCUACAGUACCCACGACAGCACCUCCGCCACCACCGCCACCCCCUCCCAGUACGUCGGCUCCACCACCCCCACCUCCGCCCCCAGCCCCUCCAGCUCCGAAAUUCAACGCCGCUCCACCCCCGCCUCCGCCACCACCCCCUGGCAAUUCGAGAGUAGCUGCCCCUCCCCCGCCUCCUCCAGCACCACCAGCCCCACCUGCACCAUCGUACCAACAACCGACGUACUCGUACUCAAACGACUACUACGAGGAUGACGAUGAAGAAGAAGAAGAGCCCGGCCCCAUCAAGAUCGAUGCCAGCUUCGACCCCAAGAGCCUCCACGUCACGAAGGAAGCCCUCGAGGCCGAGAUUCCCAAAGGUUCCGCCGCCUCCAGAAUCGCCGCCUUCAAAAAGUUCGAACAGAACGGUGGCGGUCCAUUAAUUCCUAGAGCUCUCGACAAGGGGCUCCCGAACAAGUUGAAGAUCAUCGAAAAGAAGACGGAUCAACCUGAACCUAAGCUCAAGAUCCACGAAGGGCCGGCUCCGAAGCCGUGGGAGAAGAAGAAGGAAGAAACGAAGGAAGAAAAGAAAGAAAUAAAGAAAGAAGUAAAGACAGAUGAAAAAGAGGAAAAGAAAAAAGAAAUCAAAAGUAACGGCGUUUCCAAGGUAAGUCUAGUACCAUAUUAUAGUCUAAACGUGUUUUUGUAAGUAAAAUGACUUAUUUAAACCACUUCUGUUUACUCUUUAACCCAGGUCUUACUCUGUAAAGAGAUCAUUUUACGUCGCUUUAAUACUUACACAUGUUUUAGAGCUACGAGAAAGUGAAGACACUACCGGAGCCCAAAAGCAUCGCCUCCAGAUUCUCAACCCCCAUCAGUGUAAAAACGGAUUCUGAACCCAAAUCAAAAACGUCGAAGCUGACGCCGAAGGCUGAUAACACUCUGAGUCCCAACUCUGUCUCCUCGGCCUACCAGUCGGCCGCUAGUUCACCCCGCAGCUCGCUGGACUCGAAAGCUGUCAGUCCAGCCACUUCUGGCAUCUCGUCCGCCCACUCCUCGGUUUCGCCGCCAGUCCGGACUGAUAAGCCGUCAUUGGGGAUCAGCUCGGAACACUCGGAACGCUUCGCCAAGAUCAGGCAAUCGUUCGCGGGCCAAGGGAGUUCGGACGAAAGCGGAGAAAAGUUCUGGAAGAGCGCGGCACAAAGUAAUGAAAAGACUGUAUGUUUCUCUCUACUGUACCUAACCGUGCCAUCUGUUAACGUUUCCUACGUUUUCUUCCUUUAAUUCGUACCUUUUCUGACCUUUACCGUAACAUAGACUUACUAAACCUAGACUAAAAUUACAUAACCGAUCUAUUAUACUUGAACACACUUAAUAGCGUUUCCUGUUUGUAAUACUUCUCAACAUCGCCUUCAAUAACAGUACCAUUUCAGAAAGAUUCUUUGUUGAUCGACAGUGACCGUCGCGGGAGUACGGUAAACAUAAUGGCUGCGUGGAUGGACCGCGACAAAGAAGCGUCCAAGCUGAAGGCCAGCUCCUUAGGCAGUAGCAACAACAGUACCCUUAGUACCAGUACCUCUUCGUUAGCAUCAUCAACCAAAAAGGUACCACCUGCAGUUAGUCCCAAGCCAGCUCCUCCAGCUGUUAGUCCUAAACCAGCGGCUAAAAAAGUAACCAGAAAGAGUAGUACUGGUACUAAGACGUCUAAUAGCACUAAUGGUACUAGUGCCUCUAAAACCGCUUCGAAAACUAGUACAACAACCAAGAGUACCACUGCUAAUGGUACCACAAAGACCAGUUCUGCGGUUAAUGGUACCAGUAAGGCUAGUUCAACCACACUUAAUGGUACUUCUAAAACUGGUUCAGAGGCUGUUAAUGGUACUGCCAAAACAACUUCUAGCACCACAAAGAAAGCUGUUAAUGGUACAGGAAAAUCCAGUUCGACAACCUGCAAGACCAGUACCACUUCGAAGGACGUCAAGCCCAAAUUAGAAGACAAGCCUUCUGAAGCCAAAUCUGAAUCCAAACCCAAGUCUUCUGUGUCUUCUCGACCCACCCGAGUGCAUGACGUGCUACCCAAACACAGUACUAACUCAGUGGCCAUGAGAAUGAAAGCGUUCGAAGCCAAGUGAGAUUCUAAUACUUUACUUACCAUAAGUGUGUUACAGUAACCUGUACUAGCUUCGAAAGUUGUUACAGUGUCCUAACUACGUGUUUUGAAAUGCGGUUUUUGUAGUAACAUGUAAUAUCUUAUAGGAUAUUACCCUACCUUUAAUAACUAGAGUUUGUUACAGUACCCUAAUCGUAGUGCAGUCCCUAAUCCCUAACCUUUUGCAGUGAGUUGGAAGAGCUUUACUUCACCUCCAACUACGUGUUCUCGAUUAACCUGAACUCGGAGUUCCCGCUACAGCUCGUGCGACGAUGA